AUGGCGGCGAACGAUUCUUCUAAUGCUAUUGACAUCGACGGUAAUCUCGACUCCGAUUCGAACCUUCACACUGACGGUGACGAUGCGACCGAUAAUGGUUCCUCGAAGGCAUUGGCUAUUCCUGCUCCCGCCGUUUGUCUUUUCCGAUUCGCUGGAGAUGCUGCCGGCGGCGCCGUCAUGGGAUCUAUCUUCGGAUAUGGUUCAGGAUUGUUCAAGAAGAAAGGAUUUAAAGGAUCAUUUGCAGAUGCAGGGCAGUCUGCAAAGACUUUUGCUGUUCUAUCUGGAGUACACAGUUUGGUUGUUUGCCUUCUGAAGCAAAUACGUGGGAAAGAUGAUGCCAUUAAUGUUGGAGUUGCUGGCUGCUGCACUGGUCUUGCACUUAGUUUCCCCGGUGCUCCACAGGCUAUGCUACAGAGUUGUCUAACUUUUGGGGCUUUCUCUUUUAUCCUUGAGGGACUCAACAAAAGACAAACAGCUUUGGCUCACUCUGUCUCAUUGAGACACCAAAGCGGACAGUUUCAAGAUCGUUAUCGCCCUUUACCACUCUCUCUUGCUCUCCCAAUCCCUGAGGAAAUUAAAGGAGCCUUCUCUUCUUUCUGCAAGUCCUUAGCUAAACCCAAGAAGAUCUAA